UGCCCGUGUACUUACUUCUGAUUCUCGUCAAAAGAUACCUCCAGAACAGGUAAAUGAAUGAAUGAAUGAAUGAGUGGUCGUUUUCUCUUAUGCUAGUCGUGACCCGAGUGUUUAGUUGCUAAGAGGAAAGGCGAAGACGACAGAGAAAGGAGGGCAACACUGCUAGGGACUGGAAGAAGAGCAGAGAAGGGCGGGCGGUGGUGGAGGGCAAAGUGCUACAGCCGCCGCAAAGUGGCCGCCGCGGGACGCUUCUCGCGAGCAGGGCGCGGCAGCGAAUUGCUGCGCCGUUCACUUUUUCCUGCAGUUUUGAAGCCAUUACAAGGACAAAACGCGCACGCGGUGCGCGUUUUAUCCCGUUAACGUCUCGAAAGGCCCAAAGGGGGAAAACACGCCAGCCCGCCCGCGGACAAGGACGCCUGCAGCGCUUCCACUCUGGGGGGUUUCAAAUUCCCCGGCUGGGGAACCUGCUCAGGGGAGUCACGCUGUCCGCCUUGCAUGGCUUGCGGCCUUGUGGCGUGUUUCUUCUCGCCCUCCCUCGGCGGGUUCGUUCUGGCUGUUCGUGUUCCAAGCCUUGAGAUUGGCAAACCUUGAAAGGCGCAAACCUUGAAAGGGGCAAACCAGGAGAGGGGCAAACCCUGAGAGGCGCAAACCCUGAGAGGGCCAAACCCUGAGAGGCGCAAACCCUGAGAGGGGCAAACCCUGAGAGGCGCAAACCCUGAGGACGCCCGGAGAGGUCUACCCUGACACGCUACAAAUGAGGUCGCGGCUUUGAAACCCUGAAUCGAAAAAUGAGGGGGCAAACACUGAGGCUGAAACCUUGGACUUUUUCCGCUGUUUGGUCUACCCUGAGAGCCAAAACCCUGGGAGCGGUCCAAAACCUUGGCUUUUUUUCCGCGAGCGUGAACUGUCUCCAACUUAGCGGCUCCCCCACAAAUUCUGCACAACUCUGGCUUUCGUUUCCUCUAAGCCCUGGGACUCUAUUUGACGCUCCUUAAAACCCUGACUUUCGACCUCGAUUUUUGUCGAUUCGUGUAUAAGAGGGGCUCCAGUUGUCUCUUGAUAUAAUCAUUUUUGUCAUGCUCAUGCGGGCUCAUGUCGUAGAAAUAUUUUUUGUUCGUAUUCUGUCUGUGCUAGGAGUGCUCUUGUAUGUACAUGA